AUGACAAUGGAUUUUUCUAGAACUACUGGUCCAACCGGUUUAUUUGAAGAUCAACCGGCUGGUUUUAUCACUGAUGUCAAUCAACACAUCACUAAUCCACUUACACAAUUACAACCAUUUGAAAAGAUCAUCACUGUUUUUCGCAGUCAAUCCCAAAUUAUCAAUGAACUUACAAGACUUCAGAGAUCAUGUGUCAUAACAUUGAUUUCAUCUGAGAUUACUUCACGUGAAGUGCAGAAUUUUGUUGAUAAUUAUCUUCAUCCUAAUCCAACAGUUGAUUCCUAUUACUUACUUUUCCCCGAUAGUGAUAGUCUUCAUACACAGUGGACAAAUCGUUAUGAUUUUCGUUUAAAAUGGUGUGGUCCGAUUGGAGAAAAUUUUCUAAGGACUGUUCUUGCGGCUUGUUCAACGACAUGCGCUCUAAUGAUAAGCUAUUUUGAAAGACGUGCUCAGCAAUACGAGUCUCAAGGUGAUAUUAGUUUGGCUUAUCAAUGUUCUAUAGAAAUAGGAAAACUCCUCAAGAUUCAACGCCAAUAUAUCGAUGAUUAUCUGCAGUAUCUCAACUCAGCAUCAACAACAUAG